CAGCGCUUGUUGACGUCAGCAAACUUAUCCAGCAGCUGUAGAGGAUCUGAGGAGGAGGAGAGGAGGGAAGGAGACUGCUGGAUGUGGAGCUCGGACUGUGGAGCGCUGAGGACCGUGGGCUUCUUUUCUACGGGACUGUUCGGACUUGUUUCUGGCUCCGCUAACAUGCAGCACUAAUGAGCACCCAUCAGCCUUUAGAUGAGUGAGACGCCACAACAAAACCUGAACAUCAACAGUCCACAGUAACAGUGGAAUAUUGGCAGAUAUUCAGGAGGGACCUCAGAGACGCACAUUUUCCACUAUGAACCGCGCCUUCAACAGGAAAAAAGAUAAAUCAUGGAUGCAUACUCCAGAGGCUCUGGCCAAGCAUUACAUAGCCUACAACGCCAAGUUCCUUGGAAACACAGAGGUUGAAGCUCCAAAAGGCACAGAAGUUGUAAAGGAUGCAGUCAGGAAGCUAAAGUUUCAGAGACAUAUCAAGAAGUCAGAAGGACAGAAGAUCCCCAAAGUGGAACUGCAGAUCUCCAUUUAUGGUGUGAAGAUACUCGACCCCAAGACAAAAGAUGUGCAGCAUAACUGUCAGCUACACAGGAUAUCCUUCUGUGCAGAUGACAAGACUGAUAAAAGGAUAUUUACUUUUAUCUGCAAAGACUCGGAGUCCAACAAACACCUCUGCUAUGUGUUCGACAGUGAAAAAUGUGCAGAAGAGAUAACUCUUACUAUCGGUCAGGCCUUUGACUUGGCCUACAAGAAGUUCUUGGAGUCUGGAGGCAAAGAUGUGGAAACCAGGAAACAGAUUGGAAGCCUACAGAAAAGAAUUCAAGAAUUGGAAACGGAAAACUCUGAGCUGAAGAAACAACUUCAAGAGCUUGAAGAACAGCUGAUGAUAGCUCAUGUGCCACCACCGCUGCACAUAAACACGUCUAAUGAAGCGUACAUGCUGCAGAGGCCCUCCUCUCUCUUCUGGUGUCACAGCAUCAAGUCGCUCUCCUGUCUGGAAAUCUCCUCUGUCACUCUCACUCCUAUGAGCUCGCCGGAGUCCAACCUUUCCACUGGGCUACUAACUCCUCCACCCGCCAAACCUGCUCUCCUUCCUGCUAAACCUACCGAGGGAUGCAGCAUCCCGCGGCCCCGUGCGGGGAGCAUCUCCAUGAAACCACAGUCCACAGAUAUUUUUGACAUGGUUCCCUUCUCCCCUGUGACACCGCUGGUGCCCACGCUGGCCAGCAACGGCUGCCCACCGCCUCCACCGACCACAUUGCCACCAGAUAUAAGGAAAGACUUGUUUGGUGCUGAGCCAUUUGAUCCGUUCACCUGCGGGGCAGCUGACUUCCCUCCAGAUAUUCAGUCAAAGCUGGAUGAGAUGCAGCGACAGAGAUGGAGGGGUUCAAAAUGGGACUAACCUUAGAGGGCACCGUCUUCUCUCUGGACCCGCUAGACAGCCGCUGCUGAUGCCAAGAAGAUCUCUCUUCAAGGCGUACUUUUAACUCGUUUGUAUGAAGAAGUGCCAAAAUCCACUCCACGGUUGAGUCAAGAUGUCACAGUUGUCAUCUUGAGGUUUAUAUGCAUUUGCAUUUAGAUUGGUUUUCGAUAUUUCAAGGUAAACUCAGAUCCAUUAUAGAAAAUAACUAUUUUUGUAAAAAAAAAACGAGAAAAAAAAACAUUUAUGGAGGGCGUAGUUUUGACUACAUCUGCUUGCACAGGUAAUGAGGGAUGUAAAUAGUUGAAUAUGUCCAAUGGUACACUCUGUGGCAGAAUUUUCAUAUGUGUGUAUGCACCAAUUCUGUAUUGUUGACACAUUCCUGUUUGUAUGCCGAACACAAAGUGGCAAAAAAAAACAAAAAAGAAGUCUGUAUCAUUAACACAAACUUCCAGCUUGCCCAUAACAUCACAUUUUAUUUUACUCCACAUUAAUUCACACAUUAUGUAAUUAAUUAAUUAGUCCAGCCAGAUAUUUUUUUGCCUUUUCUGCAUUUUUUUUCUUUUAUUUUUGCUCAGAUUCUUGCAUUUCACUGUUUUAAGUUGCCAUUUCAGUAUUCGCUUUUCUUUUUUACAUCGUCACCAUUUUACUGUUCUUCUUCCAUGCAGUACUAUUCUCAUUAUUUUCCUUUUGGUUGUAUUGACUUUGCUGUUACAGUUAUUAAAGAAAAUCUUACUGCAAAAACCGCUGGUCAUUGAUUCUAUCUUUUUAUUUUACUCAUGUGUGACUUUAUCUGUUGCUUUGAAGACUUUGUUACCACUGAGACAUAACAAUAUGAAGUCCAUUUUUGCACUGACUUUUUUUGUUUGUUUUGUUGUGUUUUUUUUAUUCCAGUCAAAUUUAGAACAGACCAAUACCUGGGAUUAUGAAUAAGUUAAUUACAUUCACAAAAGGAAAAUAACAGACCAAUAGCAGUACUACAAGAAAUGGGAAGUAUGUUGCUGCCAUGGAUGCAGAUAAUUACAUUGUAUUCUGCAAUAUGAGCCCAGUUUUUAAUCCGUAUUCAUUGACAUUUUUGGAAAAUUAGCUGUUAAGAGUUCCUUUUCAAUGAAAUGAGCAUCGGGUUUCUGUUCGCCAGGCACUACCUGCAUGUCAUCCACCCGAUCUUUCCUCUACAUUUCAUGUCAGUUGCCGCUGUCUCAAUAAAUGCUUGACAUAAUUGAAGAAAA